AUGAAUGUCUACAAACUCGAGAAAAAAGACUUUUUGCAACGAAACCAAAGAGUUCAGAGCGUGUCUGGUCGACUGAUUUCGUUAUCGCUCAACUUUUCAGGGGAAAUUCGUCUGGUCGUCGCGGCGAUUCGACGAUAUGGGAGAUUCUCAUCGGUUGCGACAAGAGCAGAGAACAAAAAAAGAAGGGCCGAGUUUCUUCUUCGAGAUUAGAUUCGCCGACGGAGAUUGUUGCAGUGGCGAUUGAUGACGAAACAAUCGACGAUGACGAUUAUUUUUCCGAUUUACAGUGAGAUAAGAUAUGAUCAAAGCUAAAAGGGAGGAUUUUAUGACCAUAGUUUUGAUCUUCCUGAUUAAAACUUCUUAAGAACGGUUCAAAAUAGGGAAAGUUUUUCACCCCACGGUUGAACUUUUGAUGAAACUUUGUUGUACUUCAGGACCUUCUGAUCGCACAACAAGAAAAAAAAUCUCGCAAUAUAUCUGAAUUUCGAUUUAUGAAGCUUCAAAGUUUGCAAAAUACGCAAAUAAUGACAAAAAUCGCUUUUUCAAGCUUUUCAAGCCUCUUAACUAAAAGAUCUAUUGUGAAAUUUUUUUUUCUUGUUUUGGAGGUUCUAAAGUACACUUUAGCAAAUUUUCAUCAAAAGUUCAUCCCUAGUAAGUUCAAGAAAGUGGAUUUUUUUUUCAAAACUCGUUUUCGAAAACUUCAAAAAAUCUCAUUUUCAAACGUUUCUUUUUCAACCAGUCUACACCAAUAAGAAUUUAGAAAAGUAACCUGAAAAAUUGUUUUGAAUUAAAUUUACAAUGUUUUAGUUAAGAUUGGUUUGCAGAUUUCUCAGAAAAAUGAAUUUAUAAAAUAGCUUCGUUCCUUUUUCGCAAGAAUUCGAGGGCACAUGGACUAAUUGAUUUUUAAAAAGUUUCAAGAAUAUAAGAUUCCCGAACAUGUCCUAAUUCUGCACCUUUAAACACCUCAACAAAAAAAGGUUUGUCAAAAAUAUAUUCAUUUAAUUUUUUUCUUUUUGACCUAUAAAACAAGUCCAAAAAAGUUUCAAGUUUCAUUUUAUUGUUUUUGUAAGAUUAGCGACUCAAAAAAACAAAAUUCAACUCAAACUGAAAGUAAUAUAACUAUUCUGAAACGUAUCCUUAAAUGUGUUUAUAAUCCAAAAAUAAAUAACAAAUGACAUUGCUGCAAACGGAAAAUUUCGAAACUGAAAAGAAAAAACCUCGUAGAAGUACAGAAAAUGGCGUGACAUGGCUCUCUUUCCAUUUCACGAGCGUUUUCUGUUUUAUCAGGCGUUUCGCUCCCUUCGAAUUGCCGCCAAGGACUUCGAUCGAUCGGCAAAAGUGGGCGGAGCCAAGGACUCGUCGUUUUCCACGUCAGCCGCCACCGCCUCGAACAGUAUAAAAGGGCCGCGCCACGGCCAUAUCUUCGCCGUAGGAAUACGGAACAAUCUCCCUCGCGGGGGAAAGCGCGCCACGCGCUCAAUCGUGGCACAGGUGAAGUUAUCAAGCGCAAAACAGACGACACGUUACACUGCUAUACACGAUUUUACUUAAUUCAGCGCUAGUUUUGAAAAAUAUUCUAAAAUCCCUCAAUCGAAUAGCGCUCAUACGGUUAGACGAAUAAUGAAACAGAGAAGAAUUUUCAAGUUCCCAAGCAGUUUUUAAUAUUUAAACUUUAAAAUAAAAUCCUAAAAACAAAUUUUUUCGCACUUCUACUAUCUUCCUGUCUAUGAGUUUAUCCAAUGUCCUCAGAAAGCAUAUUCAUCAGGUUCAACUAUUUGAAAAACUGCUCCAGGAAAUAUUACUUCUUUCUAAAAAAAAAACAAUCUUCAAAAUCGGAUAAUAUCAUCUCAAUUCGAAUUUAUUGCCGAAAAACUUUCUUAAUUAGCUAUAUACUUCGAAUAGGGUUCUAUAGAACCGUCAAAAUACAAGAAAUGGAAACAGAAAUUAAAAUUAAAAUUUCCAAAAUUUUCCUCGAAAUUCCGUAAACAAGGCAAAUGUGCUCCAUUGGACGACGUGUACUGUAGGCUCAGUGGAGAUGUACAUUUUGUCCUUGGCUGCUCCUUUAAAUUUUGAAUUCACCCAAAAAGUUAUCUUUAUUUUCUGCCACCCUCCGUUGAUUUUUGAACUUAAUUUCAUAUUAAAACAACCAAGUGUGUUGUUCCGAAAUUGAUUCGUUGAUUUCCUCCCAUUCAUCUCGUUCCCGUGAACUUUAUUCGUCUUUAUCAACUUAAAACUAUUAUGAAGGGUACUUCGCUAUGGCUGCUUCUAAGCUCUCCUACAAGGUCGCCGACAUCGGCCUCGCCGAAUUCGGACGCAAGGUUUUUUUUGGACUUAUUUCUCGAUGUUAUUUCAAUUUAUUUUCCAUUGUGAAUUUUUUUUAGCAGUUCAUGAUUUCAGGAAAUCACCUUGGCUGAGAAUGAGAUGCCUGGCCUUAUGGCGAUGCGUAAGAAGUAUGGCCCCACGCAGCCAUUGAAGGGAGCUCGCAUCGCUGGAUGCCUCCACAUGACCAUCCAGACCGCCGUUCUCAUCGAGACUCUUGUCGCUCUUGGAGCUGAGGUUUGUUAAUUAUUCUGAAGCUCACUUAUUUUUUCGAUAGAAAAUUAGAGGAAAAUUCAAAAAGGUUGAUAUCUUACAACUUUUAUCAGUUAUCUUCAUCCAUCUAAAUUUUUAGAGAAUUGAGAAUAGAUAGCUAAACGAGGCGCCGUUAUUUCUAGACCAGGGGCGUGGCUUGCCUCACCGUAACCUUGUGCGGUGGCGCGCACAUGCCUACUUUUCCUCAGUCAUUUCCUUUACAUUUCCUCAUUUUUUUUCUCGUUUUCUUUUUUCAUAUUUCUUCUAAGUAUUCUUCUUCGAUUUCAAAAUAACUCGUUCUAUUAUUAUAUUCUUAAUUUUCGAAGAUAUGGUUCUUCUCAAGUAUUUUCUUUGAAAUCACUGAAAAAAAAAUGUGGAGCAGCAUUUGUUCAUUGCUUCACAAUUAUUAGUUUUCUAAUUGUUGGUGGAGAGAAAAUUGACAAUCAAAUUCAAAAAUUCAGCUAUUUCAAUCACAUUUUUUUGGAUUCUUCAAAUUAUUAUACACUGCGCGUAACAAGUAUAGAUCUCGCAAGGCCUAAAAACACGGAAAACUGCACCAAUUAUUUUUAUUCAAAUUGACUGUGCUCCAAUAAACAUUUGCAGGUACACUAAGAAGAACUGCCGAGCUCGCUGGCGGUACAUUGACGAAUUCGUAAACAUGUCACUAUGUCUUCGCGCGGGUCUCGCAUUUUUUUAGAAGCAGCCUCGCAUUUAUCUUGGCGCAACAUCGCGAUUUGAAAAUAUUUAAAUAUUUGCUAGUUCGUUAAAAAAGCGAGAUAAAUGCGAGAUCAGCGCGGAGACGAUAUUUAAAUAUUUGCGUGAUUGUCGGUGUACCGCUCCCGAACUAGGUUUUAUAUCACGCCCGAAUAGACAGUUAUCUUUAGUGUAUCUUGAAAAUAAUAUUUAACAGGGAAUUUUCUUUAAUUCAGAUAGAAUCGCUUAACAGCGUUAAGAUUUUGCAUGGAGAUGAAGGUAAAUGACGCGCAUGACCAGAGGACCGAAGUUAUUCGUUCAAAUCCAGGAAAAUGAAGCCGUCGUAACACCAAUCUCAAAAUAGAUCGUGUUAACUGCAAAAUCAUCAUAUCUGCUUUCCUUCUGAAAAUGAAUUUAGGCUUUUAAAUCGUUACAUGCGGUAGCUACACUUCCCACAGCGGUCUAUGCUUCGAGGAGAUAAUAAAAGCAAAUAAACUAUAAAACUUUCAAUUCGACGAAAGAAGUAGUCGUCGACGAUGUAGAUUUCAUCAAAUAGUUGGAGUCCUCUUCCUGUGGACUUUGGACACACUCGCAAAGUGUUCAAAAGAAACUAGAAAAAAGGGCCUGAACUUGUCAAAAUAGGACAUUUUUCACGGAAAUUAAGAGCUCACUUUUUAUGACUUGAAAAAAUCUUUAUGGGAAGGCAGAAGAACCCCGAAAAUAAAAUUAUUCGCAAUGGCCUACACUCAUUUAAACUAAAAACGAUUUUCGACCUCAAGAAAUUCGUCUACGAUACUAAAGACAGAAGAACCAUGUAUUCGAAAACUAAAAAUUUAAUUAGAUAAUAGAAGAAUUUAUAUUGAAAUCGAAGGGGAAUACUUAGAAGAAAUAUGAAAAAAGAAAACGAGAAAAAAAAAUGAGGAAAUGUAAAGGAAAUGACUGAGGAAAAGUAGGCAUGUGCGCGCCACCGCACAAGGUUACGGUGAGGCAAGCCACGCCUCUGGUCUAGAAAUAACGGCGCCUCGAUCAAAGCUUAUUUCCGAUGUUUUUUAAGCUGCUUUUUUUUUGAGAUUUUUGAGAUUCCGAUUGCAUGAUUCCAGCUCAUAAUCUUCUUUUGAAGAUAGUCAUUAGCGGUUGAAGCUAGAAACUCCUCAAGCUCAUGUAACAUAGAGAAAGCUGGAAAUCGAGGUUGUGAGAUCCUUUUCAAGGCCAUAUGAACAAUUCAAAAAUUUUAAGUUUGAUGUGAUCUUUUGAAAAACGAUAGAAUCUGUAAAUCUUGAAUUUACACCCUCAUGAAGUGAAUCCAGUCCCUUUUUUUGACUGAUGGCUUUUUUUGUUCAAACUUUUUUUAAUUAAAUUAAAAAAAUAUAAAUUUUUUUCAGCUUAUUUCGAAGCUUGGAAUUAUGAGACUUCCAGAACUCAGUUUUAAAAGGAAGUAGUAUAGGAAGGAGGGAUUAUAAUACCAUUUUCGACAUUUCAGUCAUUUCAACACAUUUUCAUUCUCUGCAGUCAGAGAAUUACCUCAUUUACAACAAUUUUUUCGUAAAAAGUGUGAAAUGAGGCAAUUUUUGGAGCACUAAAAAGUGCUUAUUUUCAAUAAUUUUUCUGCAUUUUCGAUCAAUUUUUUGCUUGGAUGUUGAUUUUAUUUUCUAUUUCUCAUUUUCAUGCUUAAAUGCUCGAAAACACUUCCUCACUUUUUACAAAAUUUAUGGAUGUCGAUGGAUGUCGAUUUUAUUCAAAAAGUGGUAUCGUCGUUUUUUCAAUAAAAUUAAUGUUCAAUGAAUGGUGAAGCUCAAUAAAAAUCUGCAACCUUUAACCAAUCUUGAUCUCUUAGAAUUAGUAGACUCUUUGGGAAUCAAGAACUUCCGUGGUGUAUUUAUGCGAAAUACUUUACCUGUCAAAUAAAAUCAAACAAUAAAAACCAAAGUUAUCCUAAACGUUCUACCAAAACAUUCAGAUUAUUCUUAAUUAGGCACAAGUAUUCAUCGAGGUUUCUACUUGGUUUAUAGGUAAUACAAUGCUUUUUAAAAAGUUCUUUUUGUUUGACGAUUGCUGCAUUUGCUCGUUCGAACGCAUCCAGGAGAUUCCACGAUUUAAUGUAGUCUUUUGCCGUCUGAAUACGCAAUUCUUUGCUUCCUUUCCAGCUUCUGUAGCCAUCCAAAUACUUGAGCACCGCGGCAGAAUCAACAAAACCGUUAAUCUAAAAAAUUAAUUAAUUAGAAAAGUGAUAAUAUAAAAUCUUUCAAUCAUACCUGGAAAUCAACGAUGCUGAGUUUCCCUUUAUCAUCGACACCAUAAUUUUUUGAAUGGAGAUCCUUCACACACAAUACACGUCGAAGCAAAUCGCGCUGAGCGUACAGUUCGUUGCUAAUCUCCAAUCCUUCGGUGUCUGCUCGACGAAAGCCAACAACUAAAACAUAAAUAUUUAUAUGAAGCUAAAAAUUUGGAAAACUUACCUUCUUUAGUUCCGAUGUAUAGUCCCAAACCAGAGUAGUGUGUAUUUGGCAUGAAAUGUACUUCCGGCCCCACUUGUAUAAUUUCGAACAGUUUGUAAAUGAAAAUUUCACGAAGAUCUGCUUGCUGCCAAUUAGAAAGGCCUAUGUGCUCUUUCACAUAAUAUUUUCCAAGUAAGCUUCCAUUUCGCAAAACAUUGCAGAUCAAGCCACCCUAAAGAGAAUAUUAUACAAUUAUAAUUAAUAUAAAAACUUGCCUGAAUACCGCUUUCAUCUGGUGACUUCUUUUCACAUUUGAUAACGAGUCUUGGUAGUUCAGCAUCGUCAACAAAAAUUUUUGAGAAGUACGCAUGGACCGCAAAUUCAAUAUAUCUAUAUUCCUGGUCCAUAUAACGCGAAAAAUUUGCAGUGAAUUGUCGGUAUGGUUCAACGAAAUUCGGGAAAGUGACCAAAAACUUUGCUUCCACUAAUGGUUUUAGCUGUUGCAUCGCAAUAUCCACAUUCCGCUCGACGUCCUUGAUUUGCUUUGUUGCCAAUGCUUGCCGAGCAGCUUCAAAGAAUGUGAAAAAUGCUGUCCAGUUGUUGGCCAUAGAAUGCUUCUAAAAUCAAGCAAAAAAUUUCCCGAUCAGUUUAAAUAUAUAAGUUAAAAAAAGAGAUUUUUAGUCAAUUGUUAACCAUUUAAAGUAUUUAUACAUACACUGCUCCACAUAAUUAUAUAUCCACCUGAUAUUUUUUUCGAAAAAAAUCGAAUAUUUUUGAGAGUUUCUGAAAAUCUUCUUGUUGUCAAAAGAUGGCAAUUUCGAUCAGAUUAACAUAGCUAUCAACAAAAUUCCUAUUGAAAAAAAUAAAUGUUUUUAAAAAAAUUUCAAUUUUUUUCAAAAACCGAAUUUUUCCGUUCCACAUAAUUAUAUAUCCACCUAAGACUUUAAACUUUUUUUGAACCAAUUUUUUUCCGGUUUUUUUGUAUCAGUUAUCAUUUUUCUCCUCAUUUUUUUGUUUGAAAAUAAGAAAAAUAAGAGCAAAACGAUUUUCGAAAAAGUGGGGGAACCUUGGAUUUUAUCACAAAACGGUCGCGGUGAUGUUUUGUACUCCAGCUCCACAGUCAUCAAUGUGAGGGUUGAAUUUUCAUAUGCAGGAUUAACUCAGAAGUUUUGAAAAAGUUUAUCACAAAAAAAGAUUCCUAAAUGGGCGUCAAAUUUUGAAAAAAAAUUUCAAAAACCGUGAGCGCCUUUGACAAAAUUAUCAGUUUUUUCAACUUGAACUCGCUUUUCUCAGUCACUGAGCGGAGAAAUUCUUAAUCUACAAUGCAACAAGGCUGAGGAGGGAAUCAGAAACAGUUUAACUCAGAAAAACCUGACAAAAAAGAUCUCAAAGCUGAAAAAAUUUCAGAGAAACAAGAGUCAAAAAAGGAUAUUUCGUGAUUUCGAUUGUGUUGACUUUCUGUUUAAUUUUUUUCGCUGAAAAAGGAUAAUUAUGGACUAUUCAAUGUUUUAAAACAAAAAUAUAACUGUAAUCUUCAAUCAUGAGAAGAAAAAAAAAUUUAAAAUUCGAAGAAAAAAAAAGUUCAGAUCCCUAUGAAUUUGACUUGAAAUUCCCUGUUAUUUACCGCAUUCGGUCAUUCUUCUUUGCUAGAAGCAGGUUUUUUUGAUGAGACCGACUGUCCUUGAAGUAAAAAAACGAUUUUAUCUCAGAAAAAGUUUACAGAAAUGGUCCGAAGACAUUUUAAGUUUCCAAUUUUUGGCAAAACUGCAAAAAAUUCAUAAAUGUUAUCGGAAAACUCCCUCCUUUCAGUGCAAAGAAAUAUUUUACUGAAGUUUUUUGAACUUAAAUUGUUGCUCACAAGUACAAAGGUACUUAUGGAAUCAAAAUAUUCACAACAUAAUCGAUUCAAGAGUAGCUGAUGUAAUGAAGAGCACCGCGACCGUUUUUCUGAUUAAAUCCAAGGUUCCUCAACUUCUUGGAAAACCUUUUUGCUCUUAUUCUUCUUAUUUUAAAACAAAAAUGAUGAGAAAAUGAUAACUGAUAGAAAAAACCGGAAAAAUUGGUUCAAAAAGUUUAAAGUUUUUAGGUGGAUAUAUAAUUAUGUGGAACGGAAAAAUUCGGUUUUUUUGAAAAAAAUUGAAAUUUUUAAAAAGUUUAUUUUUUUCAAUAGGAACUUUGUUGAUAGCUAUAUUAAUCUGAUCGAAAUUCCCAUCUUUUUGACAACAAAAAAAGGUUUUUCAGAAACUCUCAAAAUAUUCGAUUUUUUUCGAAAAAAAUCUUAGGUGGAUAUAUAAUUAUGUGGAGCAGUGUAUAUCCAAUAAAAAAACAUUUAAUAUAAUUUUGGCUUAGUAAUGCUAAAUGAACAAAAAUAAUAACAAAAACACUUACGAUCGCAAUCUCGUCGUCGUCCUUCACACCAAUUUGUUUUAAUGUUGACUUUAGCGAUAUAAUCUGCUUCCCGUUAUGGUAUAAUUCUUGGUAAUCUUGAUGAAUACACCAAAAGGAGUUGAUCGCUUUGCUCAACUCCUUGAUCGUCGUCUAAAAUAAACAUUCAAGUUAGUUAGAAUAUGAUUGUUAAAAAACCUCAUCCGCAAAUGUUACUGGCUUUUGACGAUGGGUUACCCCUUCUUGAUCUUGAAGAACGAGGCGCAAACCUAAUUCCAUUGCUGUGGGACUGAAAAAUAAAAUAAUAACAAUGAUUAUCAUAGCUGGAAAAUCACGAAAACAAUGCGAACUACAGACGAAAAAAGAACUCUUCCCUAUUCCCAAAGGUUAAUGCAAGAAUGCGAUGUUGGCAGAUUCUCUCCUUCCCCUGCGUCUCUGGUCACAGACGCGUCUCUGCCUUCCACUCUAGCCUAUCGCGUUUGCGUGUUCAACUGGGGCAAAUGUGUGAUUGCGCUCGGUCACAGUGAGAAAGAGAAAAGAAGGUCACACAAAGAGAAAGGGAACACUGCUGACCUUUAUACGUCUCACCAAAGGAUCUGAAAGACAUUCACCUAGUGAAGGAGCUAAACGAACUAAAAAUUAUUAAAAUUCUUCAAAUUCGUUCUGAUUUCUCCUAAUCUUUCAUUUUCAAUCAAUUGCGAAUUUUCUCCUCUUCAAAAUUUAUAAUUUAUCAAACUGCUUUUCACCUCGUCGAAAAAUUAUCUUUGUGGCUUUUCAAUCUAAUGUCUAAUUCUGCAGGUCACCUGGUCCUCGUGCAACAUCUUCUCGACCCAGGACCACGCCGCCGCCGCCAUCGCUGCCGCCGGCAUUCCGGUCUACGCCUGGAAGGGAGAGACCGACGAGGAGUACGAAUGGUGCAUCGAGCAGACGAUUGUCUUCCCCGAUGGCCAGCCUCUCAACAUGAUCCUCGACGACGGAGGCGACCUCACCAACAUCGUCCACGCCAAGUACCCACAAUACAUCGAUGGAAUCCGCGGACUCUCCGAGGAGACCACCACUGGGGUUCACAACCUCGCCAAGAUGCUCCAGAAGGGAGAGCUCAAGGUACUAAUUUUUUUCAUUUGAAUAUUUCCGAUAUUUUAUCGGUUUAAUUUGACGUUGUUUCUUUCAAAAAAAUGGAAACUAUUUUUUUCUUCACUUCAUAAUUUUUCCUGACCAGUUUUUUUCACCUACGGUUUUUUUCUGGUUCUCAAAACGUACUCAAAAUUAACGUGAGUUACAUUUUUUUCAAAUUCAGCUUUUUUGCGAAUUCAGAGCUUUCUUUAAAGUAAGAGUGUUUUUUUAUUUUUUUUCGGUCCAUUUACAGUUAUUUUCGUCCCUUUUUUUAAGCUGCUAAUUAUUAAAAAAACUUCGACGCCAAAAAAAUUAGAAUUUAAAAUGUUUUUUUGGAUUCAAAAAAAUUGUUGACACGAGCUGAAUAAUUAUAUGCCCCUGAUUACUAAUAUGUUUUUCAGAUCCCGGCAAUCAACGUCAACGACUCUGUGACCAAGAGCAAGUUCGACAACCUGUACGGAAUCCGCGAAUCGCUUCCUGAUGGCAUCAAGCGCGCCACCGACAUCAUGUUGGCCGGAAAGGUCGCUGUUGUCGCCGGCUACGGAGACGUCGGAAAGGGAUCUGCCGCCUCGUUGAAGGCCUUUGGCUCCCGCGUCAUCGUCACCGAAAUCGACCCCAUCAACGCCCUGCAGGCCGCCAUGGAAGGCUACGAAGUGACGACGAUGGAGGAGGCCGCCCCCAAGGCCAACAUCAUCGUCACCACCACCGGCUGCAAGGACAUCGUCACCGGCAAGCACAUGGAGGCCCUCCCCGACGACGCCAUCGUCUGCAACGUCGGCCACUUCGACUGCGAGAUCGACGUCAAGUGGAUCAACGAGAACGCCGUCCACAAGGACACCAUCAAGCCCCAGGUCGACCGCUACACGAUGAAGAGCGGCCGUCACGUCAUCAUCCUCGCCGAAGGACGUCUCGUCAACCUCGGAUGCGCCACUGGUCAUCCCUCGUUCGUCAUGUCCAACUCCUUCACCAACCAGGUUUGUUUUAUUCACGAAAAAAUAAAUCUGUAAUGAAAAUGAGAAAAGGGAGGUUUUGGGGUAUAUCCACGCUGCCCAAUUAUGUGGAGAGAGCGAUUUUUUUAACCAUGAAAAAAAUUUUACAACCUUAAAGCUCUUUUUUUAAUUUUAAAUUUUUCAUUUUGACGCAGCUUCAGGACGGCCACAGAAAAAAAAUAUUUCCACCUGGAAUAAUAAAAAUAUAGAUGAAAAUGUACAAAACAAGUUUUAAAAAACAAAAGAAAAUGAAUUUUUCAGGUUCUCGCCCAGAUCGAGCUCUACACCAAGUACGGAACGCCCGAGCAGUACAAGAUCGGUCUUUUCGUCCUGCCCAAGUCGCUCGACGAAGAAGUCGCCACCCUCCACCUUGAGAAGCUCGGCGUCAAGCUCACCAAGCUCACUGAGGAACAGUCCAAGUACCUCGGGGUCCCUGUCACCGGUCCCUACAAGCCUGACCACUACAGAUAUUAA